UUUCAAACUAGUUAAGAGAAAAAGAGUAAAAAAUAAUAAGAAUAUAAUUUAACUAAAUACAUUUGAUUUUAAAUGUUAUCAGGCCAGUCUCGUCAGGACAACAUUCAAAGUUUGUCAUGAACUUUACUUUGCAGGUUGUCUUUAAGCUCUAGAUUCCUUUAUUUCCAGUAAAACAGAUUCUCCUGAACUCCGUCUGGUUUUGUCGCGUCGCGGUGUGUGUGCGCGCGCGCGCUCCUCCGCUCAUGCGUCACCAUCAGCUCAGGCGCGUGAGUUUUUGUUGUCAGUCCCGCGCGCUUCACUUUACCUGAGAGGAGCGGCGCGUGUUCACUUACCGCGAGGAUUUGUUACAAAUACUGAGGAAAAUAUAAACUUUAUUUUGUGGAUAGAAUUCUGUGUGUGUAACAUCAGACGCGAUGCAGCAGCAGCCGAACGCGGAUCCUGCAGAUGUGUUUGUGAAGCGGCGGCGGACGGCUCUCUGGUGUUCAGUGUCUCUGUUUGGACUCUCAGUUCUGAUUCUGGUGGUCGGGCUGCUGUCAGCCACGCAGACGGAUAAUGUGGCCGUGUCUGGAUACUAUCCCGGGAUUAUACUGAGUUUUGGAGCAUUCUUGGGCGUUGUUGGUCUGAACCUGGUGGAGAAUCGCCGACCGAUGCUGGUGGCGUCCAUCAUCUUCAUCAGUCUGGGAGUCGUGUCAUGUUUCCUCUGCUCCAUCAUCGACGGCAUCAUCGCGGCAGAGUUCAUCGAAAGGAGGCCACUGAUGGAGGGCCGCUGUGAGUUUUACUCCAGCUCAUCUUCUUACUCCUAUGACAGCUACUACACUGAGGUUCACUGUAAUCAGUGUAAAAUGAAGGUGAAGAGCAACACCUGCUACUGCUGCGACUUAUUCCACUGCGACAGUCUGGACUAUCAAGUGCAGUACUACGAGUUCACGGGCGUCAGCAGCUGCUGGGACGUGGUGAAUCUGUACCGUCUGCUGUGGGCCGGUGUGAUGCUCAACGUGCUCGGAGUGUUUCUGGGCAUCAUCACCGCCGCCUUACUGGGAGCCUUCAAAGACCUGGCUCCUACGGCUCACAAUAACAUGACACCCAGUCCGGCUCCGCCCCCUCACAUCAUGUACAAUCCCAGCCAACACCUGAUCACCUACGCCGGCUUCUGCCCUUCCGGACAAACUCUACCCGCCUACCCAAACUACCCGCUGCCCAUGCAGCAUCUGAACGGUUACCCAGCUCCAUCCGCAGGUCCGUCCGUCCCCGAGGUCUCGGCCUCCCCGUCCGAUGAGACUCAGCCGGCCGCUCAGAGCGGGACGAACCCAGGCCCACCGACUCAAACCUCAUCUCAGGACACCAGCGGAUACAUGCUGACUCCAAACGCUCCCUCGCUCUACGCUCACUCCUUAGGGCCCUUUGAGAAGCCUCCGCCCUACGCCUGCUGAAACACCCAAACCAGGAACACUGACCUCUGACGGGACGCCUGACCCGUGAACGUGAAGAUCUGUGUGACCGUCGCCGCUAAUGACCUCUGUAAUCGUCAGUGUUUCUCGUAGCAAAUGUGAUCGAUGUUGUUCUUCAGUAGUUUACCUCUGAACUUUAAUGUUUAACUCCCUGUUCCUGUGGUCGGAUCUUCAUUGUUUGAUUCACCGAAUCACAACACAAACGCUUCCGGCUGCACAAGCUAUUGUGUUGUGAAAUGUGUCCGACUCUAGUCAUAACACAAGAGUACAACACAAUGCUUUAGUCUUCUUCUGCGGGCAGAUCAACUAGUCAUGAGUUUGAAGAGAAUCUGACUGAGAGUUAGUGUCAUGUUUAUAUCAGAUUCCUGAAUAACACGUAUGGUUUAAUAACAGGUUCCAUUAGUUAACAUGAACUAACAACAGUUGCUGAACAGUUGCAUUUUUAUUAACUAAUGUUAAAGAUUAACUCUUUCCCCGCCAUUGACAAGUUUUUCCGGGAAUCCAUGCUUUGACUGUUAUACGGUAGGGGGCACUAUUACACAUCUCUGGAUCAAAACACAGGUGAAGAAGCAGCAGAAACAAGCGAUAGAAGCACUGCUGACGCACAUAAAUAACACGAUCAUCAAACGUUCAACAGAAUAGAAAUCAAAACUGUCUAACGUUACUGAAUGAAAUGUCGAACCCAUGAAGAGGAAACGACCGUAAAGCUUUGAGGUGUUGAUGGACUCUAUCUACUCCAUCUGUGUUUUGAUCAUACGGACAAAAACAUGAUUUUCUCAGCUUUUUAUUCAAAAUGUAACUUUUUUUUUUAUGAAACGUACCCACAUUCAAGUGAUAAAAAAGAAUGCAUGAAGCUAGAAUAAAAUGUUUUUGUUGUUUAAAAGCAGAGGAUCUGUUCUUUCUUUUGAUAAUGUUCAGAUAUUUAUACAACAAAAUAUUCUGGGGGCAUGAAAGUUUUGUGAAAAUCAUCAAAAAUGCUGCUGCUGGCUGGCUACUUUUUAAAAACUGUCAGGAGGGGAAAGAGUUAAUAAAUACUGUAAUGCAUUAACUAAUGGGACUUUAUUGUAAAGUGUUACCUCAUGUUUUCUAACAAGAUUAAGAAUAUUCUGUUUUCACAAAAGUAUGAAUGUUCUUAUGUUUUUUCUCAUGUCCAAAGGCUAAACUGUAGAAUUAUUUGCUGAAUGUUCUCAAAGUUAGGAUAACCACCAAUUUGUCUUAAAGCCCAUGAAUUUAUUUGGUAUUUUCAAAUAAUAAACAUUGCUGCUGCUAUGACUAUUAGAUUUUAUUUUCAUAAUGUAGUUAUUGUCAUUAACACCUCCUCACACACUAAAAAAUGAGCAUGUGUUUGCUACUUAAAGAGUUAAUAGAUGGACAAAUAUAUGGUUAGGAUUCACUAAUGUGAAGUUUUAAAUGUUGUACAAGACAAAACGACGCUGUAAUGUACAAUCAGACAUCAAAGCCUGUCAUUUUAUUCUCAAGAUGUUCUUAACCCGUUCUGCAAGUUAUCAGUGUGAAUUAAAGACUUUUUAAGAAAAUUUCAGCUAAAUCAUGAGCUUUUCUUUGGUUUAUAGGUUCAUUUGUUCUUGAACAUUACAGAAUUACCUUCAGUUCAGUGUUCUGUCAUUAUUUCAUUGCUAAAUUCAUUCUAGUAUUUUAUUCACAUCCAUUUUGUGAUGGAGAUUGUGUCUGAAAAUAUGAUCAACCAAAGUCCCCUAGAUUUAAAAAUGUCUCUAUAAAGAAUGAACAGUUUUUCCACGUGAUUUUGUUUUCAGAAUUUUCAGCAUUGUCAUGUUUUCUGUCCAGUCUGCAACACAACCAAAACAACCACUUUUUACCUAAUAAAAUUAUAAUUUCAUAUUUUCAUAAGUACUCAUUCUGUAAUAUGUUAUUUUUAAUUAAAACACAAACACCCAAAUUGAGCUGGAAGACAGAAUUGAGGACAUCACAACUAUGACAUCACUUCCUUUCCCUGAAAAAAAUUAAAUAUCUUCACAAAAUAUUAAAGUUUCUACUUUAAACUGCAAAAAUAAAGCAGUUUCAAAAAUUUCAGAAAUAUUUUUUUCCCCAACAAUUUAACAUUCUCAAGAAAUGUAACUUCUUAAAAAGGUUUUUGUGAAUCUGUACUUUUUUUUCUGUUUUUUGAAUCCCAAAAGUAUCAGCAUAAACUAAAGUAACACUUUCCUCUCAUCAGGUUUUGUUCCUGUGAGCCGCUGAACGUCUGUGGACUUAAAGGACAGAAUUCGUCGUAAUAACAACAUCCGCCUUUAUUUGUUUUCAACAAGCGUUUCAGUCUCACACACAGAGCAAACAUGAACGAAAUACAAAACAACAUUAACAAUAAAAACAAGAUUAAAAAACUCAAACGAGGGACUAGAAAAUCUCCUCCAACUCAAACCACUGAAUGAAACCAUGAUGAUGAUGAUGAUGAUGAUGAAGUUGAGCACCUACAUC